AUGGCGACGGAGCCCAACCCUAAGAAAUUCCCUGUCCUCUCCUACGUCUUGGCUCGUCUCCCUUCCUUCACCGGCAGAUCCUCUUCCCCUUCAUCAUCCUCCUCCGCUCCUGCCUUCGAUGUCGAGCAACCACCGUCCUCGAUCGAGAUCGUCACUCAGAUGCCUCAUUUGGCUCAACCUGGCGUUCUAGCCUCCAUGACCGGUGCGAUCUCUGACGUCGCCGAGACCCGAUCCAUCCUCCGAACCCUAGGACCCAGGCCCGAUCACGAGACCGUCGACAAGGCCCGUGCCAAGCUCUCGGAGAUCGUGGCGUCCUUAUCCGAAUCGUUCGAGGACAUCGCGCUCAACGAAGCGGCGGCCAAGGACGAGAAGAGGAGACAGGAGAUGGAUCAGGAGAAGACGUGGUGUGAGUCGAUUUUGAAAUUGGACGAGGUUCACGCUUCGUACGAGAAGCUGUUGAAGGAAGCGGAGGAGAGGCUGGUGAGGAUUUACGAACACGCCGAGAAGAAUGCGGCGGCGGAUGAGGAUAGCGUCGCGGAGGUGGAGGUCAAUGAGGAGGUUGUGGGGAUACUGCAACACGCGUCGGCUAAUCCGGUGGAUCGCAUCGAUUUGUCUGGGAGGAAACUGAGAUUGCUCCCUGAAGCAUUUGGCCGGAUUCAAGGAUUGCUCGUUCUUAACCUCUCUGACAAUAAGCUCGAGGCGAUUCCUGAUUCAAUAGCUGGAUUGCAAAGUCUUGUUGAAUUGGAUGUCUCCGGGAAUCUUCUGGAGACAUUACCUGAUUCCAUCGGUCUACUAUCCAAUCUGAAAAUCCUGAAUGUCUCGACUAACAAGCUCACUGCUUUGCCUGAUUCCAUCUGCCGUUGUGGGUCGUUGGUUAUCUUGGACGUGAGCUUUAACCGUCUCACCUACUUACCAACCAACAUCGGAUCCGAGCUAACGAAUCUGGAAAAGCUCUUGAUCCAGUAUAACAAGAUCCGAUCCUUCCCAACCAGUAUAGGCGAAAUGAGGUCGCUCAAGUACCUCGACGCCCACUUCAACGAACUGCACGGUCUUCCUGAUUCUUUCGUGUUGCUCACGAACCUCGAGUACUUGAACCUGAGCAGCAACUUCAGCGAUCUCCAGGAACUUCCUUCCGAGUUCGGGGAUCUCAUAAGCCUCCAAGAACUCGACUUGAGCAACAACCAAAUCCACGCCCUCCCAGACACUUUCGGCACGCUCGAGAGCUUGACCAAACUGAACCUUGACCAGAACCCGCUCGUGACACCGCCCGAGGAAGUGGUCAAGGAAGGUGCGGAAGCUGUGAGGAAGUAUAUGGGUGAGAGAAGGAUCAGAAUGCUGGAAGAGGAAGAGAUGAGGAAGAAGAUGGAGAGUGAGAUGGAGCAGACAGACGCCGGGUGGCUCACACGAACCUCGUCUAGGCUCAAGACUUAUGUGACGGAUGUUUCAGAGUACCUGGUCCCGACUACUCCUCGUACUCCUCCUCGAGACCCUUACCUUGAAAGGAAGCUAUGA